ACCGGACAUUGCAAAAGCCAGCAGUUUCGGAUGGCCAUCCAAAAAUAUUUAAUGUGUGAAAUAGUUUGCCAACUUUUGUAGACAAAAUACAUAAAAUGUCCAUUCCGGUGACUUUUUGGAGAAUUCACAAAUACAGGAAAGACGCACUUCCGACUAUUUCGUUAACGCUGAUUUCGUUGAAGAAUAUAGUCAAAUGUCUGUAUCUCAUAUAGAUGCGUUUCAGCCAAAAACCAAUAAUAAAUGAUAAUCUUUUGCCACUUCUGAGAGGUUAUAGGUCUUUGGGAAAUAUUGGUUCCAGAUCUAGGAAGACCAUUUACGUGCAACAUCUACCAAUAAAUUGGAAAUGAGCAAAUUAGUUUAAGUUGCUAUUAUUCGAAAAUUAGAGAACGAAACCUGAUGGUUUUCUUUUAUUAUUUGUCACAAUAUCUUGUGGAAUUCUGUCGAGUAUUUCGCCUAUAUAAACUGUAUGGUUUAUUAUAGUGUUGUAGGGUAUUCAACUGUCGGCCCCGCUCGACUGUAGCCUUUGCUUACUUGUUUUAUUAUUUUCUUCGCUUAGUAUGUAAACUUUAUUUGUUUAUGUGUGUGUAUUCUUUUCAAUAGUAAAAACUUGUUCAGAAAAUAUUCAAAUUCGGGUGUUUUCAAAAUGCUUAUUGCAACGUAUGCAUCGACAAAAUCUACAGUUUUUGUAGGGAAAUAAACCUUUAAAUCACGAUACAGCCCACAUUAUUUCACAUAGAGCUUCAAAAUUUUGCAGAACACUUUGUAUUGUGUCUAGGAUGGUUGAUAUUGAAAAUGAGAUAUAUUGGUCCACGUUUUGAUACAGCCGUCAUAUAACGGUAUCUGUCGAUAUUCCGUAUUUUGAUGAUUUUUGCCACAUUUUUCCACGGAUUUGUCUAAAAAUUUGUAUUUAUAGUUCGUAAUGGGUUCUAGCUCCGGUGGCAGAACAUUGAACAUUUAGGUCUACGUUUUCCUGUAGCGCACUUAUAACGAUACCCAGCGAUAUUCGGUAUUUAAAUAAUCCUAGUCACAUUUACCCACGAAAUUGUUUCAAAUUUGGUAUCUAAGAAGAAUUGGUAGAUGACAAUCCUUGAAGUAUAAAAUUGCCUAUAGAGGUUCCCGGUUUGGAAUGUCCCCCAUAUAAUGGCCUCAACCACUUUAUGGUUUUUUGAAAAGUUUAACAAUAAUAGAGCCUGUUGUGGGAAUACAUAAAUCGCUCAUUUGGCUGGCUUAAUUCAUCGGCUGGCUUUUUCGGAAAUUAACAAAGGAGCCAAGAACCAAAACCGAACUAAUUCAACCUAAAACUUCUAUUUUUGACAGCUAGAUCAAGGGCUGGGUUCUUGUUCGAUACGAAAUGAAAUAUAUUUUCGAUAAAAGUAUAUAGAUUUCACAUUUUUAUAAAACAAGAAUAGGGCCCAGGUCUAAGUUCAUCUCCUGUUUGAUCUCAUUCAACCGUCCUAGCUCACUAAUAAUUUUUCGCGAUAUAUCGACCAAGGAAUACUGAAUUUUACAAUCGGAGGCAUUAAGUUGCUUGGAAAAUCCAAGAAACAAAUCAUUUUGUGGCCAUUCCAAGAAUCACUUUUCAACACCAACAAUUAUAAUGGAGCGAUCGAACAGAACUCAACGAAAUGUGUAAUCUAAAUGAAAAGUGAAACAACACGAUAGCGAAAAGAAGUGUUAGAAAUAUUUCGGUUUUCUCUUUUCAUUUUGUUUUUUUAAAGUUUUCAGUGUUUAAAAUGCAUAAAACUGAUUCAGAUCCGCUCAAGUAUGUAAAGCAUCAAAAUGUGGCUUAAGUUUAAAAAUGUUGCCACACCUGUAAUUGAAACGUUUCAUUUGUUGCUAUUAACUCUAAUACUGGGCCAUACAUUCCAUGUUAAGCAAAUUGACGAUAUUGUCGUUAUGGCUGCAACAAUAACCAACUUUCCAACAACAAUAACAGCAACAGCAACAACAUCAUCAUCAACAACGACAACGAAAACAAUACCAACACAUCCGGCUAGAAUAGCAGCAGCAACAACAACAACAACAAUACCAAACAGUGAAACUGCAUUUACAUCCUUGCUAUCGCCAUCAUCAUUAUCAGCACUGUCGUCAUCGCCGUCAUCCUCAUCAGUGGCAUCAAGUUUUCCAAGGACAAGAGGAGCAAGUGCAUCAGCAUCAGCAUCACUGUUAUCGUUAUCAACUUUGCCAUUGCCACAACAAUUCACGGCGUUGUGGGAAACAAGUGCAGCAAAUAGUACAACAGAAUUACUCAAUUCAUCUGCAAACACAGCUGAUGCAAUAACGACGGAUUCCAAUGAAAUCGAUACCAUGGACAAUGAUAAGCACCAUGAGGCGAAAGCAUUUCGGGACAAGGAUUACAUCAUGACAAAACAUAUUGCUUUGCUUGAUGAGACAAAACGACGACGACAAAUCGAGGUGGCAGACCCAGCACCAGAAGAGAUGUCAUCGAAAUCAAUAGCAACAACGACAUCGCCAACAGCCAUCUUUACCACACUACCAGAGGCAUCGAAAGUGGCAACGCCUUCAACUUUGACAACAACAACAACAACAACACGCCACAGACACAGUUCGACGAAAGCAACGAAAACGAUGGCAGCAGAAAAUUUACCGGCAACAGCUUCACUGGCAUCAUUAGUAAAUCAUAGAUUGUAUGCGAAUAAGACUCACUUAGAUGAUUUAUCAUCUUUGUCCUUGUUGAGUCUGCAGGACACAACACUCACCACAGCAGACUCACUGCAAACCACAUUGUCUUCGGCCUUGUCCUCUGUGUCUGGUGCGACCACAACUCCUACCACCAGCAAAUAUGCCACUGCCCUGAGAGUAAAGGGAGACGAACAGACUAUGCACCACACUAACAGCCAUUUGACUGUUGACAAUGUUAAUGCAACAAUUGUGGCAAGUAGCAAUGGCGGCACUAGUGGCCCUCCACACAACCACCAUCAACAUCAUCUCCAUCAGGCGCUGCAUUCCGAUGGUGAUUCUUCAAGUACCAUUUCCGCCGGACAUAGCAAUCGCAGUGUAAUUGUUGUUGGCACUACAAGCACCAGCAUUAGUAACAGCAGCGCGACAACUACUACAGCCACGGCCAGGGACACAACAGACAACUUUCUGACAGCUAAACAGAAUAUUGGCGGAGAAGCGGGUAACAACAAGACAAACAGUACGGUGGGUAGCGGCACCACCAGGAUAUCAGCACGCAGAGUUGAACACAAACAUCUACUGCCGAAGUCCCAUAAAACCGAUGCACCAAUGUUGAAUUAUAUAUUUGAUACCUUUUCAUCGGCUAAUAAGCAUCACCAUCAUGAUCAGAGAUAUGGACCACACUUCGAGGAUGUGCAGCUGGUGGGAAAACCAACCAAUAUGACAGUACAGGCUGGCAGCAGUAUACACUUAAAUUGCAGAAUAUCCUUGCUCCAAGAUAAGACUGUCUCGUGGGUGCGCCGCAAUCCCGGAGGGGAAAAUGCCUUGGAUCUACUCACCGUUGGCCUGCACACAUACACCGGCGACAAGCGCUACAAAAUGGAAUUUCAAUACCCGAAUAAUUGGCGUUUAAAAAUUUCCAAUGUAAAAAAGGAUGAUGAGGCCACCUACGAAUGCCAAAUAUCCACACAUCCGCCACGAGUGAUACAAAUAAAUCUGCAUGUAAAUGCGCCCAAAGUCAUGAUUGUCGAUGAGUUUGGCGAUCCCUUGCAGGAGAAAUACUACGAGCAGGACUCAACGCUACAGCUAUCUUGUGUUGUGCGCAACGUUGCUAUGUCAACAUCUGUUGUGUUUUGGAAACACAGUGAAGAUGUCCUCAACUAUGACGUUACCCGUGGCGGAAUAAAUGUAAAAACAGAAUUGAUGGAUGAUGGCGCCAACUCCACGCUAUUUAUUGCCAAAAUCAAUAAAGCCGAUUCCGGCAACUAUACGUGCUCAAUUAGUGAAUAUCAGAACUAUACCAUAGUUGUACACAUACUGAAUGGUGAAAGUUUUGCCGAGUUACAUCAUGGCAAUGCCAUCUGUUGGCAGUGCCCUACGCGGCAGACGUGGGCAAUUAAUUUAAUUGUUCUUGCAUCAAUUCUCCUGCUAUUACCGGCCUACUUAACUAGAUAAAAUUCAUUGGAAGUCAGCAAUGGGCAAUGUGGCUAUCGUUACCAACCAACCGCCUCCCUCAUUAUCACCACAAACAUGGCCCCCCUCAACUGUGGCCGUGUUACCCAGAGCGACCCACUCACCGGUGAACUCAUUGAUGUGAGAAGGACCUUAAAGCAAAAUGGAACUUUUUUAAUUUGGUAAAUACUUGAGCACCAUCCGAAGUGAAAAUGAAAAUGAUGUGAAAAGAUAAGAAAAUGAAAAAAAAAAAAAAAAUGAAAAUGUUGUGUUCAAUUAAUUUAGUUUUUUUUUCGUUUUUGUUUCUUAAGGAUUCCGUUGAAUGAACAUCCAUUAUUGUUCAUUUUGAUUUGUAACAGACAUUUUUUAUACAUACCUAUGUCCUUUUGAAAAUUCCAAUUAAGGUAAACGAAAGAAAAACAUCUACUUAACAUGAAACGCAUUUCCAGAGAUAUUUUCAGUUAUUAUAAAUAACUAAAAUAUUGCUCUAUUGAAUUCUUAAAUAAAAAGAGAACGAAAAUUUAAACAGAAAUAACAAAAUAAUGAAUGAAAAGAAAUUGUCUUUAAGCGAUAACAUGGAAUAUUUAAAAACACAAUUUGUUGUUAAAUUAACUACAACUGUAUAAUUUUUAUAUACAAGACUCACACAUAAACACACAUACGUUCAUAUAUGAAUCUAGACAUAAUUAUG